AUGAAUUUGGCUAAGGUAUUUCGUCGUCACCAUCCGAAAGAAUCAACUUCACCUGUUCGAAAAACAUCCGAAAGACCAUCGUUUAUUCAUCCAUUUCAAGGAUAUCCUCGUCCAUUUUCUUAUCAUAUUCCAGCAACUGAACAAUUAUCUUCGUCAUCAUUAACUAAAACUUCAAAUAUAGUUCCAUAUCGUAUUGGUUUAACUAGUGAUAGUACACUUUUGGCUAAUGGUCAAACCAAUGAAAACGAUGAUAUUGUUCGUUUACCAGUUAAAAGUGGUAAAGGACAUUAUCCAAAAUCACGUAAAGAUCCUCGUUCUCAAUCUCAACUAAAUGCUAAUAAACGAUGGUUAUUUCGAUCCAUGGAAGCACUUGAUGAAUGGAAAGAGAAAGUAUUUACACAAAAAUCUCGAACAACUGAUCAGUCACGAUCGCGUAGUGUAGAAAACUUAGCUGAUGAUGAUGAUGAUGAUGUAUUAAUAAAUAAAAAUCCUUCAACAGUACAACAACAUGAACGUGCGACAUCACCUAAUCGAAGUAUCGAGGCGAUUACGAAUCGCGUAAUCAAUAGUAUCGGUAUUCAUCGAAAAUCGACUAAUUCAAUAUCUAAUACUACACGAAGUCCAGCAUUAACUAUUCAAAAACAAUCAUUAUUUAAUCAUUCAAACAAUGUUCAUAAUAAUCUAUCAAAACAAUAUAAUAAUAAUAAUAAUGAACAGCAUCCAUCAGCUAUUCUUGAUUUUCGUGAAAUAUCUUCUGUUGGAUUUUUGCAUUCAAGAACACAAUUAAAUGAUAAUAAUGAAAAUAUUUCAUUAACAACAUCAGAAAAUAUAAUCACUAGUAUAAAUAUUAGUGAUGAUGGAGUUGCUGGUAUUGAGGAUGAUGAAAUAAUUAGUAAUUUAUCGUGUCUUACCAAUGGUUAUGAUCAUAAUGAUGAUGAUCAUCAUCAGGUUGAAACAUCGGAUGCAUGGGACUUUAGUGUUACAUGGCUUGACUCUCUCAAGGAACAACAUUCACCACAACGUAAAAUUCAAUUUUAUGAAAAUUUAAUAAACUUACUCGAACAAGAUACAUUAAAUAUUGAUGAGUUACUUGUACUACGUAAAAUACUUGCUAAAAUUUGGCCUAUCAAUGAAAUAACAACAAAAGACUCGAACAACCAAUUAUUUUCUAUGGAAUCAAAACCCACACCCAUCAGCAAAUCACUUAGCAAUCUCAAUAAAGUUAAACAACGUCCGAAAUUACCUAAAAUGACACAUCAUACAGCUCAACGAUGUUCAACUAUUAUCGAACCAACAUCACUAACAUAUGAACCAUUACAUGAACAGAAUAGUGGCCAUACAGCGAAAGCAUCAUCAUUAUUAAUUGCUGCUAAAGCUAAAGUUUGUACUGUUGAAAAUACAGAUGAAUUAAUUUCAAAUCAAAAGCAAACUUCAAAUAGUGAACAAACUUAUCCUCAACAUUUAAAUCCAUUCGAUGAUGAAACAGGUAAAGACAAACGUCUGAUUAACAUAGUAAAACAGCAUAGAUUUCUUUCAUCAACAGAUAUUGCACCAUCAUCUGAAUCUGAUCGGAAUGCAAAUAAUGAUUCUAUUCGUCGUUAUUUUGAACGACUUACACUUCUUGAAACUAUUUAUGAAAAAUUAAAUAUUGAAUCAAAUAAAACACCGAUAGAAUCUAUGAAUCAUCCAAAAAUCUUAGCACAAGAAAAUGUAACUGAAUUAUCAUUAUCAUCACCAACAAUAACACAAACCAAUCGUCCUAACGAAAAACAGACUGGAACAACCUUGGAUGUAAGAAAUUACACACGUCCAUAUUCAUCAAAUAAAUCAGAUAUAAAUAAAACAAUUUUGAAUAAAUUCAUUGAAAUGAAUGUCGACGGAAGUGGAAGUAUUAGUAGUGGUAAAAGCUCAAUAAAACGACGGGCACCAACAGCUCCACAUAUAUCCCAAAAUGAUAAAAAAAAACAUCAACAGCAACUAGACAAUUCAAAUAUGUUUUCUUUAUCAUCAACUGAUUUGAAUUUAACACACAAAACGGAUCAAGAUAUACAUAGUACAUCUAUUGGAUUUAAAUCUUAUGACGGAAAGUACACAAAACAACCUAUCGAAAAUCCAGCUGCUUCAUGUGAUGAUAAUGGACACGUUUUUGUUUAUAAUUCUGAACCAAAUCCUAUUCAUCAAGAGCAGCCAACUGUAUUACCAAAGAAAACUGAACGUAUUCAACAAUGGUUAUCGGCAUGUGAAAGAAAAGAAGAAUUGAAUAUGCAAAAUAAUUUAUCAUCUUUAUCACAAAGUACAAGUCCUAAAACUCAAUUAAAGAUGCGUUGUAUUGCUAAACCAAACCGACCAUCGAGCUUAUCACCACAACUUUAUUAUGAAAAAAAUCUACCAACUGUAGAGAUUAAUGAAAUCGAACCAACUCGUUUUCGAAGUUGUUUAAAAAUUAAUCUUGAAAAAAAUGAACCGGCUAAUCAUCAACGAAGUCGACCACCAUCUACGACACUUAAAUAUUAUCACCAACAAAAGUCAUUCGCCAAUGAGAAUCUCAACUUCACGAAUGAUGAUGACUAUUUUGAACGAAAUACACUAUCGCCUAGUCUUCAUUCUGAUUAUCAAGCUGUAUAUCUUUAA